AACAGACAUGGCCGCUGAGCCAGGAGAAAGCCAAAACAAAACUCAAUCCUGCUUCGCUCGCCCCUCCGCUGUCACUCCACGGCAGGGCCACCGGCGCCACCACCAUGCCUGUGGCGGCAACGGCGUUCCACUCCUCCAUGUGCUUCUCUUCUCAAAAACCAGCUGCAGAUUCAGAACUAGAAAGCAACCUCAUAACCCCCAAACCCAAAAACGUUCUCCAUCAACACCCACUCUACCAACGAACCAAUGCAAGCAUCUCCCUCCAAUUCAAAGAAAAAAUCCUCUGCCUUGAAAUUAUGGGCGUCGAUUCCGGCCGAGCUCUGGCCCAAAACCCCUCUCUCCACACCGCUCCUCUACAUUCAAUCCACGCCAUUGUCACCUUCCUCCAAUCCAAAGGCAUCCACCUCAAGGAUUUAGCCAGAAUCUUUGGUAUGUGCCCCAAGAUUCUGACUUCAGAUAUAAAAUCUGACCUCAACCCAGUUUUCAAUUUUCUAUCCUACGAUCUUAGAGUUCCUGAGCAGAAUUUCAGAAGAGUGAUCAACAAAUGUCCAAGAGUCUUGAUUUCCAGUGUUAGAGAUCAGCUGAAGCCGGCUCUAUUCUAUCUCCAUAGGCUGGGGUUCAAAGAUUUGCAUGCAUUAGCUUAUCAAGAUCCCAUUUUACUGGUUUCGAGUGUGGAGAACACGUUGAUACCAAAACUGGAUUAUCUCGUCAGUCUGGGUUUUUCUAAGGCUGAUGCAGUGGGGAUGGUACUGAGGUGUCCUGGGCUGUUCACAUUCAGCGUUGAGAACAAUUUCAAGCCGAAAUUCAAGUACUUUUCUGAGGAAAUGAAUGGGAGAUUGGAGGAGCUGAAGGGAUUUCCGCAGUAUUUCGCAUUUAGUCUGGAGAAGAGAAUAAAGCCUCGACAUAUGAAGGCUGUACAGAGUGGAGCAAAGGUUGCACUCCCCUUGAUGCUCAAGACCACUGAGGAGGAGUUCAGGGAAUUGUUAAGGCAAGGGAGUUGAUAAGGAGAUACCUCUUUUUCUUGCACUCUUUUCUUCUUCUCAUGUUCUUGUCUUAGUUGGAUAAAUGGAUGGAUAUAUCCUCUCAUGCUAUGUAAUUACCGGCUGAUGCCCUUAAGAAACUGCAAAGUAACUUUUUGUGAAAUCAUAUGAGUGCCUACAAUCAUUCCAGUCCAUUGAGAAAUUGACGGAAAAGUUUGGUUUUU